AUGGGAACUGACAAAACCCCCAAAUGGCCAGGCAUACCAAAGUUUGACUCCUUUGCUGAACACCGGAAGCAUAUUCUGGUGCAUCUGGCCGCGGUAUUUCGCAACUGGGCGCGUGUGGGCUUCACCGAAGGGAUUUCAGGUCAUAUCAGUGUGCGCGAUCCAGAACACGCGGAGUAUAUUUGGAUGAAUCCAAUAGGAAAGCACUUUGGCCUGUUGACAGCAGGCGACAUGGUGUGUCUCGAGAUCAAGACAGGAACCAUCGUCGGUGGUAAUCGAACUCGGCCUGUCAAUACCCCUGGCUUCUUCAUUCACUCCGAGAUUCACCAAGCCAGACAUGACGUCCAUUCGAUUUGUCAUGCACAUACUAUUGCCGGCCGCGCGUGGGCUACGUUUGGCCAGCCCUUAGACAUGAUCACGCAGGAUGUCUGUGACCUGUACGGUGUGCUAGCGGUGAGUAAGGAGUACGGGGGGAUCGUCACGGCCCAGCAAGAAGGGCAGCAAAUCGCAAAAGCCCUCGGGAGUAAGGGCAAGGCCGCAGUACUGCUCAACCACGGUCUUUUGAGUGUUGGCUCCACCGUCGACGAGGCCUCAUUUCUCUUUACGCUCUUAGACCGCAGUUGUCAGAUCCAAUUGCAGGUGGAGGCGGCCUGUGCGGGCAAUCCCGCCCUGAAGAAACAUAUCAUUCCCAAUCAGCUGGCUCGGUUUAAUUUUGCCAUGGCCGGCCAAAAGGACUGGUUAUAUGUGGAGGCACAGCCAGAUAUUGAAUAUGAGAUUGCCAUGGCCGGUGAUGCGAUCAUGGUUGGGUUGGACGAGAGUUUCGUAUCAAGUCCCAAGAAACCUGGGCCAGUACCUCUUUGA